CACUAUCUCACAGUUUUUAUGAUUUCUCCAUGCAUUUUUGCUUUCCAUUUCCUUUCUAAACAACCCUUCCUCUCUCUGCCUCUAGCUAUUCGCUUUUAAAUAAACAUUACAGAAGACUCAUUUCGGUCUGUCAUUGGCUGCAAUACUGCUUUUAGAGUGAGUGUGUGGGAGAGAGAUAGAGAGAUGGGACAUCACUCAUGCUGUAAUAAACAGAAAGUUAAGAGAGGUCUAUGGUCGCCUGAGGAAGAUGAGAAGCUCGCCAACUACAUUUCGACAUAUGGUCAUGGUUGCUGGAGCUCAGUUCCUAAACUUGCAGGCCUGCAGAGAUGUGGAAAGAGCUGCAGACUAAGAUGGAUAAAUUAUCUAAGACCUGACCUAAAACGUGGAAGCUUCUCUCCUCAAGAAGCAGCACUUAUCAUCGAACUCCAUAGUAUUCUAGGCAAUAGAUGGGCACAGAUAGCUAAGCACCUACCAGGAAGAACAGAUAAUGAGGUGAAGAACUUUUGGAAUUCAAGUAUCAAGAAGAAGCUCAUUUCUCAUGAUCAAGUUCCUGCUUUAGCCGCCUUCACUGAUUAUAUUGUCCACAAUUCGAGUGUUCCUGAGGAAGCUUUCCUCUCUCUGAAUGCAAACCCUAAUCUCAUCCUGACUGCUCAUCAUCAUGAUCAUCACCAGCUCUACCUCCCCUCACCAACCACAAUUCUACAAAGUUUUGGCCAUGGAGAUUUCAAACUCAACCAACCCAAUAAUUACAAUGUUGAUUUGCCUCAUUUGUCACCUGCAACUCCCUCAAUCCCACCUCCUCUGAAUGAUAAUUCAUCUUCAUUUGACCCAGGGUGGUCAUUGCCUUAUCUACCUCAACACCUCGAUCAAAACCAAGAAGAUCAUCAUCAAAGUUUGAGCAAUGGGGCAAUUCCAGUGCAUUAUAUUGGAGAGAAAGUUGUUACUCAUGAUCAGAGUGCGAUUGAUGCAACAAUGUCUUAUGACAAUCAAUCUAUGGUAGUGUCUAUGAUGCCAAAACUUUUUGAGAUCAACGAAGGAAAUGUUUGCCGUAUGCCACCUUCAGCUGAAUCACAGAACACAGUUCACGACCCACUUGCUAGACUUUCAAGUCUCCCAUCUGGGCCGUAUCCAGUACAUGAAGUGGCAACCAGUCAAUUGGAGUCCAUCGAUGCAAUCAUGUCAUCACUGUCAGCAUACUCCUCCUCCUCCUCAUCAUCAUUAUCACCAUUUUCAAGUAGUCAAUUUGUUGCAAACCCCCAUCUUCCUUCUAGCUGGGAUACCUAGAAAUGGGUAUGUCUAGGAAAUGUUUAGGUAUUUUGUAUGGAUAUUCAUUUGAUAUAGUGCAUGCAUUUGUUUCCUGAUAUAUGCAUAAGAUAGGUAAAGCGAACUUUUAUUGGAAAACCUAAAUGUUACUUGUUCAGGUUCUUCUGCAAGUAAUGCUUGCUGAGGUUUCAUUUCAUAAAUAUAUCUACCCUCUUUCACA